UGUUUCCGUUUCUCUCAUUUCCGUUUCAAAGUUUUCCAGAUUAUAAGUUUCAUAGUAUAUUUUCAUCGACAUUUAAAUCAGUUAUUUUAGUGAAUACUUUUUUUACAGUCAGUAUCAAUUGUGUAUUUCACAUGAGACCCAACCCCGGUUUGGCGCUUGCCUCACCCCUCCACGUAACAUCGCUGACAAAUAUGCUGGCUAGCGAGCUUUGUAUUGCUACAACAUUGUAGAGCUAUGCUACGCGUAUAGUGUGCAUUCGUACCGAUAUAUAUAUACACGAAGUGUUUGCUUUCAAGGGCGUUAAAUAUAUUAUGUCAUGAUUUAUAAACGAAUGGCCCACCGCAAGGCCUAUACGUUGGAGAGGCCUCGCCCUGGAGUUAGUACUUAAGCGCACACAACUCUCUGCCGCCCAAUGAGAAACCGAUGAACUCUAUUCAUCAGAACUGCCAGUCACUGGUCAUGAACCUUGUAGAUUUUAUUUUUUAUGAAAUGCCACUUUUCAUGAAAUGCAUUCAAGAAUAGGUUUAAUCUUGGUGUACAGCGAUGUCUAAAAGUGAGACCGAGGAGAUGAUAGAGAUCGAGAUCGAUGGACAGGAGAAACAGGAGUGUCUGGAGGAGGGGGUUGAGGAGCAGACCAUCACAUCAGCCGAUCUGAUCCAACAGGACAUCGACAUCAAUGAGCCAAUCGGUAACCUGAAGAAGCUCCUGGAGCCCCGUAUCCAGAUGCCAUUGGACGGAUAUGAGAUCUGUCUACAGGACAUCCAGCUACAUCCAGACCACAGCCUCUUUGAUCAGGGAGUGAAGACCGAUGGCACAGUGCAACUCAGCCUACAGAUCAUCACCAAGCCAGGCGAGGAAAAGCUGAACAUCCUGGAGAUUGUGAAGCCGGUGGAGACGGUGGAGGUGGUGAUCGACCCAGAUGCAGCAGGGGAAGAGGGCACCUUGAUGGAGGAGGAGGGCCAGCUGAUCGCAGUGGAGCGCUCCUCCCUGUCAGACGACACAUCGGAGCAGGUGACCCGCUGGGCCGCCGCACUGGAGGGCUACCGCAAGGAGCAGGUCCGCCUGGGGAUACCCUACGACCCAGUACAGUGGACGGCAGACCAGGUGAUCCACUGGGCAGUGUGGGUGAUGAAGGAGUUCAGCAUUGACGAGAUGGAGGUGGGAGGGAUUCACAUCCCGGGUCGCGAUCUCUGCACCUUCACCCAGGACGAGUUCCUGCAGAGGGUCCCCAGUGGAGAGAUCCUCUGGAGCCACCUGGAGCUGCUUCGCAAGUAUGUGUUGGCCAGUCAGGACCAGUCUGGCCAGGAGGCCACAGUCACCAUUGACCAACAGGUCCAGAUCAUCCCGGCCGCUGUGCCGACCUCGCACACCACCAUCAAGGUGCUGAAGCAGAGCCGCGGCCCCAAAACACCCCGCAUCUCCGGAGGAGAGGAACGCAGCUCACCUGGCAACCGCACAGGUAACAAUGGUCAGAUCCAGCUGUGGCAGUUCCUGUUGGAGCUGUUGACUGAUAAGGAUGCUAGAGACUGUAUAUCCUGGGUGGGAGAGGAGGGGGAGUUCAAACUCAACCAGCCUGAACUGGUGGCCCAGAAAUGGGGCCACCGCAAGAACAAGCCGACCAUGAACUACGAGAAACUCAGCCGAGCACUCAGGUAUUACUAUGACGGGGACAUGAUCAGCAAGGUGCAGGGCAAGCGUUUUGUCUACAAGUUUGUGUGUGACCUGAGGACUCUGAUUGGCUACAGUGCUGCUGAGCUCAACAACCUGGUGACUGAGUGUGAGCAGAAGAAGCUGGCCCGCAUUCAGUUGCACGGAAUUGGCCAGCCCAUCACCACUGUGUACGCCUCCGCACAGGACAGCUGAGGGGGAGGAGCCUGGGGCUCUUUGAUAAGGGUAGAAGUUGCCCAUAGGCACAGAUCUAGGAUCAGACUACUAUGACCAGCCCUAAGCUUAACCAUUAGAAGGUGGAAAUGAUAAACUGACCUUAAAACAGUGUCUAUGGGCAACUUCAUCCUACUCCUUUGGGUUUGAUUGGAGAUGGGGCUGAGGCAGGAUGGGGAGGUUGUUUUCUUAUUUUAUUUUAACCAGGGCGGGAGUGUCUAUGGAUAUUGUGUGUGUGUGUGUGUGUGUGUGUGUGUGUGUGUGUGUGUGUGUGUGUGUGUGUGCAUGAGCGUUUGAGUGAAGAAGUGUCUGUGUUUGAAAUAUGAGCUUUGCAUAUUUUUUUUCUUUAUCUUGUAGCUUGGUAUCGUUUCCAUUGUAUAUACCGGUUCUCCAUGUUUUUGAUAGCCACAAGGACAGUGUAUUUUCAUAUUUUCCAUUUAUAAAUGAUCUGUUUUCUAUUUUAUUUUGAGUGUCUUUUUCCCUGAUGAGCUGGACAUUUUCUGUCCUCCAGGGGGAAUAAAGUUUCAAGUUUUUUCCUAAGGACUCAGUGUAACAUUGCUCCAAUGUAAUGUGUAUGCACAAACACACUCUUUUGCGCCCUGAUAACGUGUUCAAAUGUUUUAUUGUUCCUCCUAUAUAAAACACUUGUCAUUCACACAGGAGUCAAGCUCUGUCAUGAACAGAGAUCUGUAUGUACAUUACAUUUUUUUUAUUGAUGGGGUGUGUAGAAAGCUUUGUAAAGGUACAACGAAAGUCAGAAUUAACAAAUGAAAGAUAGCAUGAGUAUCCUUGACAACACAAUUACCUGAUUCAGUUUGUGUGUGUGUGUAGAUCUGUGGAAUAAUUUCACAAUAUGAAUGUCACAUUCAUGUCUAUUGGAGGCUGUAGUUUGACUUAAUUUUGGGAGGGGGUAUGUCUGGUCUCUACUACUGCCUCUAAAUACUGAUCCCAGAUCUGGGGUGUGUUCAGUGAGGUGAAACAUUCUGAAUGUUGCAGAUAGAAAUGUAACAAACACUACUUAACAGACAAUGACAUCUGAUAUAAACAUUGACGUUGUGCCCUUCAUAUCAGGGCCCAUAUUCACAAAACCUUAAAUGUAUUCUUAACUAUAGAUUUAAGAAGAAAAUUAAGUUGCUAUUCCUCAAAGGUUAUUGGGGGGGGAAAUUGCGCUAUUUCUUAUGUUUUGCCUUGAGAAUUUUUAAAUUAGAUUCUUGAAAAUAAUGUUAAUUUCAAGAUAUAGCUAAACCCUUGUCUUAAACUCAGGGCAGUGAGAGAAAAAGCUCAUGAAAGCAAUUGAACAUAUUUAAUUCACUCAACCUUCAUCUGAAAGUUUCAGUAUUGAUUAUUUUAAAUCCAAGAACAUGUUUUAGAACAGUAUUUUCAGUAAGGAAUAUGUUAACACGGUUGCCAUGGCUAGCUAGACAUCUUUGUUUUUUAAAUGGCAAGAAAAUAAGAUUGUUGAGGAAUUGCACUUACGAGGUUAUUUUCCUGAAGUUUUUGCACAAUACGAGUUUUGUGACUCUGGGCCCAGGUCCCUGUUUUUAGCUUCGCACGCAUUGGUCGGAGAUCAAUUUUACCAUCAAUAAACUGGUCUGAGGUCAGUA